AUGGAUGCCGAAGCGGCAUCGGAGGAGACCGAAGAUGACUGCCGCCCCAUCGACGGAGUCACAAUCGACUCAUACUCCCAGGACGAUCGGUCGGAGGCGACGACAGAGCACUCCGACUACCCAACGCGGACAACGGAUUCUUUCCUGCCCGUACCACGACCGUUGCGACAGACUGUUUUCAGCAGCAAAGACAAUGAAACCGUCGAGUCAGCCUCGUCGAUUGCUACGAGUGACGCGAACAUCUACGAGCGCACUUUGAGAGACCGGGCUGACCGGGCGUACACCGGCCGGCUAUUGCAAGAGGUACUUUCGACAUGGCGAGAGGAAACAGAAGAACAACAGCAGCAUGCCGAGAAAGCAGAUCUUCGGUACGAUGAAAAGUUGGCGCGGGAAUGCCUUGCGACUAUGAGGGAGGCGUUCGAUCCCGCAGACGCCAUAGAGCGCAAGAAGAGACUGAGAAUGUACCUGGUUUGGAUGAACCACCGAAGAGCCAUUUGGGCUAUGCGGGAAUGGGUUGUGCGUCACCGCGAGAACUGGGUUCGCAAAGAGAGCGAAGACUUACAGAAUUUGCAGGCAGCCUCCAGUGCGCUCAGCAAGUGGCGCUCAGCAGCUCUCGACCUUCAGCAACGGAAAUCAUCCUUCCGGCAGUUCUUCCAUGCCUGUAAGUUCGGCCGUCGAUGGAUGGAGAUCGUGUCGGAAAGGCGUAUGCUGCGCUCGAUGGCAGAGCUCGAGCAGCGAUAUCACCUGCACAAGAAGGAAAAAGAGAGGAAAGCGCAGCAAAGAACAUUGGCAACUUGGCAUGCCAAAGCUGCUAGUGCUGUCGCAAUGGAUGUGACUGCAGUCCAGCAUGACGAAGACAAGACAGCGAAGCGGGCGAAAGAACUCGCCCACCAAGCACUGACAACGAUGUACCUUACCACUGUACAAAGUCUGGCGGGUGAGGCACAGGCAGAUCAGCGAUACCAUGCAGGCCUAGCAAUGCGCGUACUGGACCACAGCAGUGACUGGCGAGUCCAGACCAGAUUGACAGUGGAACAGGAGGACCGCGCAGACCAAUUUGUCUCGCUCCGAGAUCAGCAACGAGCACAGCAUGCCCUCAGAUUGAUGGGACGAACAGCGACCAGAACCCAGCAGAUGGAAGACCAAGCCGACGCGCAUCAGGCGAAGACGGCAAAAACAUCUGCACAUCAAUUCUUGAGACGAUGGCGAGCCCAAGUCGCUGCGAGAAGUGGACAAGCUGUGGUGCUGGACGCGCCGGCGACACCUGCUGCGAAGCUGUCGGCCUUGAGACAGAGCCAAUUCCAGAGCCUGAGAUGA